CCUCGAGGAACGAAAUGAUUUAGAGAAAACGAGCUCUUUGACGACGGCCAUGGAGGUUCUCUCUAUAUAACUCUGCUCACGCCCGCUUCAUCGCUUCCAGACUUGGAGCCUCUUCUGACUAGCUUCCACUGGAAUCCAUUUGAUCGCUUCCAGGAGCCGUUCCAGGGUGAUCGAGAGGAGGGUGUGUAUAAUCGGCCGAGAUCGGCUCGAUUUGGGGGUUUUCCGAUGGCGUUCUUCAGCGGGAACAGGCCAUUGUGCUACUACGAUCGAGGCGAGUGGCUUAAGUUUUGAUGGAAUCGAUUGAGUCCACACGUAUCUCCGGCGUCGGAUCGGGAAGUUCCAACACCUGCGCGGCAGAGAUCGCCGAAUCCUUCCGCUUCGAGGAGGAGAUCCAGAGCCUGAUCGUUCACCCUAAUUUCGAGGCAUCUCCUGGAGGCUCGUUCACCGCGCUGCUAGGCCUCUCCGGCAACCAGGCUACGGGGCUCCUCCACCAGCAGGGCCACGCCGCGGCCGCCUCUUCCCCUGCUGGCGCAGCCGAAAUGCGGCGGUUCCGCCUCGGCACCGAUCGCGCGAUGGGUGAGUUCCGCCUUCCGCUCGAAUGCUCCUCGGCGUUCCCUUCAGAUGCUGCUCUCGUCGAUCGCGCCGCGAGGUUCUCUGUCUUCGCAUCCGAGGAGUCCCUCGCGUCGAGCUCCGGCGGCGGCAUCUCGCCACGGCUGAAGGUGGAACAGCUGGACUCCGAGUCGCUCAAUUCCGUCCCCGUCCCCGUCCUCCCCUCCCCAAAGCCGCUGCGAUCACCAGCGAAGAGGAAGGAAACGUGUGAAAAAAACAAGGCCAAGGGAACGGCAAAAAAAAUCAAAACCGCUGAGGAAGACCACGACCCAACCAAGGCCACAGCCACAGAGAAAGACACCGCCGGCGACAAGCUCCCCUACGUUCACGUCCGCGCUCGCCGGGGACAAGCAACCAAUAUCCACAGCUUAGCGGAGCGGGCUCGAAGGGAGAAAAUAAAUGCGAGGAUGAAGCUUCUGCAAGAGCUGGUCCCCGGUUGCAGCAAGAUAACAAGUACGGCUUUAGUGCUCGAUGAAAUCAUCAACCACGUCCAGUCCCUGCAAAGGCAAGUCGAGUUCUUGUCGAUGAGACUAGCAGCGAUCAACCCACGCAUCGACCUUAGCUGCCUCGAUGCCUUUUUAUCUACUCAGUACGGAAGAGAAGCUCUGGACUUCGAUUCUGGGCAGUGGUCGCUGUAUCCCGCCGCGGCAGACGACGGCGUGCGGCGACUACUGCUGCCGCGGCAGCAGCAGGUCUGGCACCUCGACCUUCUCCGCCCCCAGCAAUCAUUCAUGGCGUGGGAGAGGGAUGCGACGGGCGAAUCGCCACGCACUUCUCUUUCCUGGAUCCGCGACCUCUUCCCUCUUCGGCUACGACGCCUGAUCCGGUUCAGGUAAUUUUCCUCAAUUACUAUUGCAUCCGUCAUUCAUGAGGAUAAUUAACUCGUGCAAUUAGACAUUUAUCUUCAAAACCAAAAGUUUCCUUUUAAUCCAUAUGAUUAAAAAAUGCCCUUAUUUUAACAUUUGUCAAAAUAAAUAUGAAGGGUAUCCUUUUAAAAAAAUAUAUAAGUAUUAUAACUUUUAAAAGGGCAUCCUUCUUUUAAAAUUCAUCAAAAAUAGUAUGUCAUCUAUUAUUUGAUACAAAGGAUGAACGGCCAAAUGCCAGUAGUAUCCAGGGAUCGCGAAUUCUCGCUGCGGUUUGGCAUCGCAGAGGGCCCAAAGCUAUAAAUGUUUGCUUCGGGUAAUGAGGAACCUCCUCUGGUCUAAUCUUUUUCCAUUUUGACCUUGAGACGAUUGAUGGAGUGCUUGGACGACACAAUCGUUUUUUGCCAACUUCCUGCAAUGGUCCCCUGGCCUUGCAGAUUUCCUCUACAACUCUCUGUCGUUUUUCCUCGGAAGAAAAAAAUGCACGAUUUCAUAAAUCUCUACUCUACCUAAUAAUCCACAAGUGGUACAGCAAAAGAUUAAUGGAUUGGUUCGUUCUUUAGAUCGAAAAAGGGUAUUACUAAAGGGCAUCCUGUGGUGUCGUGUGAAAAACUUGCUAGUUGAUAGGGUUUUUGUUUUUGUUUUAUAAUUCAAGUAUAUUGGGUUUCGUUCGAUUAAUUCGAAGUAAUUUUUUAUUCAUUUAUUAGAUAUAUUUAGAACCUAACUUAUACCCCUUUAGAAAUACUCUUAGAAUAUUC